UGUUGCGUUUAGGCGCCUCAGUUGCGGAAGAAUAUCGCUCGUUUUCGGACGCGAAUCUAUAUUUCGUCAGGGAACACAUUGAUUCGCGGUUGCAGAGCGAUCGGUAAUCGAUUGGCAAACUUUUUUUUUUAAAGAGAUCUCCGCCGCUGCAUAUUAAUAUUUUGUUGCGGAAACCGUUAUCGAUCGUUCGAAUUAACUCCGGAACCAUUCUGCAUCAGCGCAUAAAUCAUCGAGCGCGACAACCGUAGUCAACCCCCAGAUUUCCUGACGUAGGUGUUGCCCGGGCGAGACCAAGUCGAAACAUGGAGAACACGUGACUGCGCGAUAAAGUGACGGGACACGAGAAACAGUGCGAGAGGAAGAAGAAGAAAAAGAAAAAGAAGAAGAAGAAGAAGAAGAAGAGUAGGUUCCGCGAGUGCGAGCGCGGGGGCGAAUUCGGUCCGAACGAAAAAGCGAUGCCAAGAGCCGCGAGGACGAUCAAGUCACAUCGGUAUUGUGAGACCCGCGAUUGAGGUCAACUGAAUUCGCUCGAAGCCGCUGGUGUUAGGCGUUUGCCAGUUGCGGGCAAUCGUGACGACUAGGUCGAGACGAAGAUGAAGAAUAACUCGAGCAAUUCGAAUCAUGAGAAGAACGGGCCGGAGAACUUGAAGCUACUGCAGGUGCCGACGACGCCACCCGCGACACCAUCGACACCCACAACACCGACCAGAGGCCUCGAUGAUGUCUUCAAGGAGUUGCCGAUCACCGACGACACCUCGUGCGGCAUAUGGUGCCUCAAAGGUCCGAACCUACAGAAGUUUGCCAACAAAAAAGCAUACGUGUUUCUUUACGGUGUGCUCGGCUGUAUAUUUUCCGCCAGUUAUGCCUAUUUCAAUGGCACCAUCACUACCAUUGAGAAGAGAUUUAAAAUACCCUCCAAAACGACGGGUCUCAUCACAGUGGGUAACGACAUCUCGCAGCUUUUCGUAUCGGUCGUCCUGUCGUAUUACGCAGGAAAGGGUCACAGGCCUCGAUGGAUCGCUUUCGGUAUUUACACCGUUGUACUUUUCUGUUGUCUCACGAUGUUGCCGCACUUUCUCUACGGCCCCGGCGAGGACGCCCUAUCCCUGACCAAAGAAUACGGGGGAAAACCGCAAAAUUUGUUAAACUCGAGCGUGAUUCCCGACAAACAUCGGAAAUUUCUUUGCUUGGGCAAAGAAACUCGCGGGCUUGAUUGCGAGGCCGAAGAUGGAAAUUUUGCGCCGCAAGUGCUCCUCUUCAUAGCUCAACUGGUGUCCGGAGUAGGUGGCUCCCUUUAUUACACCCUCGGCGUGUCGUACAUGGACGACAACAUACAAAAGUCGAAAACGCCGGCACUGAUCAGUUUCUCGUAUUUUCUGCGCAUGCUGGGACCCGCCAUUGGCUACGGACUGGCCUCAUUCUCCUUGAAGUUCUACAUCAGCCCGACUUUAACUCCUACUAUUACGAUGCAAGACCCGAGGUGGUUAGGCGCUUGGUGGCUAGGAUGGAUUAUUCUGGCUAUUCUCCUUUUCAUUUUCGCAAGCGUGAUCGCUCUCUUCCCGAAGACGCUGCCGAGAGCGGCAGCUCGCAAAGUUCUAGCUUUAGAACGCAACAAAUCGGCCUCGAGCAUCAAGGGCGAGCAAGAAUCCGAGCUACCAGCAUCGAUCGCGGACAUGUUCAGAACGUUCAAACGCCUGUUGAUGAACACGACAUUGAUGUGCAACAAUUUGGCGACUGUCUUCUAUUUCAUGGGCUACAUGCCCUACUGGAUCUUCAUGCCCAAGUACAUUGAGACCCAGUACAAGCAAUCGGCGUCCGUCUCGUCCUUGAUCACCGGCACAGUCGGCUUGGUAUUCAGUGCCUUCGGGAUUCUACUGUCCGGCUUGGUCAUCUCCAAGUACAAACCGAAAGCUAGAUAUCUGGCGGCGUGGAACGUCAUGAUUGGCAUUAUAUCGAUACUAGGAAUGAUCUCUUACGCCUUUCUCGGCUGCUCAGCGAAUGACAACCAGAUUGCUAUUCAGCCAAACGGUGAAUUGAAGACGCAGCUACCCUGCAACGAGCACUGCCACUGCGACUACGUCACCUAUAAUCCAGUGUGUUCCGAGCAUGGGCAAACGUUUAUAUCCGCGUGUCACGCCGGCUGCCGCAGUAUAAAGCAUUUCCACAACGACAGCAAAGUUUAUACGGACUGCAGCUGCGUAAAACCGAAAUUGGCUCGUUCCCUGGCGCAUCCAUUUGCCAACAUCACAUCCUUCCCGUUCUCCACCGAAGUCCCAUUGGAAACGACCGAACCCACCGUGGAAGCUUUGGGAACGGCUGUUCCAGGUUCCUGUCCGGUCGAUUGUAUGCAAAAGUUCUACAUCUUUCUGGCGGUGGUGUGUCUUUUGAAAUUUAGUGGCGCAACCGGAAGAGCGUCGAAUUUCUUGGUUUCCGUAAGAUGCGUCGACGAGAAGGACAAGGCGGUUGCCAUGGGCUUUGGAUUAAUGAUAAUGAGUCUCUUUGCCUUUAUACCGUCGCCUAUUUUGUUUGGUUUCAUAUUAGACAAAACCUGUCUCGUAUGGGGUAAAACUUGUUCAGGGACGGGAAAUUGCUGGCUGUAUAAUGGCGAGGCACUGAGGUAUUUGUUGAACUUCACUGCUGCCAGUUUCGUAACGAUCGGUACGCUGUUCGACGUGGGCGUUUGGUAUUUCGUCAAAGACGUGAAGAUCUUUGACGAGGAGAUUGAACUAAAAGAUAUAGCUGAAGAGCCCGGUGAGACGCUUUAAAGAAUAAUUGAUGAUCGAGUUCAAUCACCUUUUCGGCGUACGCGUUACGCGCGUGAAGAGAGAGAGACUUCGAUCGAAGAUCUUCAAGAAAGAUCGAACGACGAACGCGGAGCGAGCGAGAACCGACAAAUAAAGACUUUACAAGUACCUUAAGCACCUCCUUAGCUAUUUAAAGCUCGUAGUAACCUAGAUAGAAUCGACUCCGUUGGUAAAUCACCCAUGGUGUUCGCGAAAGAGAAGCGCGACCACCGAUUCUUUUAUUAAUUUUAAUUACACUGCGAUGAAAAUUUUUAUCGUUGUAACGAGUGAAUUCGUAGAUUGUUGUAUCGUACGAUAUGAAUAUUUGCUUUAUUUCGAACUCAUGUUUGAUAAGAAAACGACGGGUGCUAAAUUAAUACAUGUAUAAAGCAUACAUAUGCAUUGCUUACACCGUCGACGGUGAAAACAAUGAUUCGUGCUAGCGUGAAGCAUCUAUAAGGUUAAAUAAUUGUACAUAUGAUAAUUAUACAUUGAAUUAGUAAAGAAAAGUAUCAUAAUUUAUCUAUUUACGAUGAAAUAUGCUGUAUCCGCUGUUAUCAACGCGUUAGAAGAAAUUUUAAUCUGUACGUAUAAGGUGAUAUAGCAAGAAGUCAUUAAUAACAGGUAGGGAAAAUAAUCUAAAAUUAGGUUAUAAUAUAGAUUUUAAUUCCAUAAUAAAUAUCAAAAAGAUUAUAAUGAA